AAUUGAACUCGAAAUUUGUGAAGUGCUUUUCCAGAUAAUUACACAUUUUAUUUCUCCGACAGCACUUGAAGGCAACACGAUGCAUACUGUAUUUAAAUACGAAGUGAGGCCUCGAACGCAUCACUCCACCUGGGUGCAAACAUGUCGCAGCUCUUGUUCUGGGGUGACAGCACCUGCGGGGAAUUCGGCCCACAGACAUCCACAAGUCCCGUGUCGUGGACUGUACCGGGUGUCGUGACCAACAUUUGCUGUGGGGAUCAACACGUUUUAUUCCUACUGGAUGAUGGAACAGUUUUAUCACAAGGAAGCAAUUCACGGAGACAGCUUGGACGAAAGGUUUUAAAAAAUGUCAAAUCAUCAGGCCGUGUGCAGGGCCUCGGUGCGGUGGUGAGCUUGGCUUGCGGUCAGAACCACUCUCUGGCCCUGUGUGCAUCUGGAAGGGUCUACUCCUGGGGGGCGGAAGAAGAUGGACAACUUGGGUUGUUACCCAAUUCCUUGUAUGAUGAUGAGAAAGCAACACUGGUGCAUAUUGCGAUUCCAAUACCUGUCAUUCAGGUUGCUUGUGGAAACUCGCACUCAUUGGCUUUGACCAAAGGAGGCGAUGUCUUAUCCUGGGGUUUAAACAGUCAUGGCCAGCUGGGUGCGGGGAAGGACUGUUCAAUGUGGUAUCGACCCUUGCUGGUGCGAGCGCUCAAUGGCAUACCGGUAACCCACAUCUCGGCUGGAGGAGCUCACACGCUCUUCCUCACGUUGUCGGGCCUGGUGUACUGCUGUGGGGCCAAUAAACAUGGUCAGCUGGGCCUGAACAGGGUUGAUGAGAAAGGCCGAUUCAACAUCUGCGUGGUUCCUGCACUCCGAUGCCUGAGCGUCUCUUCCAUCACUUGUGGAGAGAAUCACUCUGCUGUCCGAACAAAGGAGGGAAAAGUUUAUACAUUCGGAGAGGGAGCUCACGGUCAGCUGGGUCACAGCUCUUCUGCUGAUGAAGUGAUGCCCAAACUUGUGACUGGGAUUGAUGGAUGUGCCUCACAGGUGGCAUGUGGCAGAAUUGUCUACAAAAUUCUUAAUUCUCUAGUUUUGGGAUCUUCUGGCCAACUGUGGGCCUUUGGAAAUGGGGUUAAAGGUCAAAUUGGGAAUGGAAAACCAGAAGGUUGUCAGACCCCCACACUGGUACAACUUCCAUGGAACUCGGACACACACAAAGACUUGAAAAUAGCAGCUGGUUGGAACACAAGCUUUGCUUUCUCUUCACCGCAGGGCGGGAAGCAACGUCAAAUAACCGGAAGGCUUGAUGAGGCAAAACUACGAAAAUGGCUGGCAUUAAAAAAAAGCAGGCCUGAGCCCGAGAGUGAAAUCAUUGAGAUGUUUUUGACGAGUUCAAGCUUGGUUGCAAGUUUUACAAAAGCGACCGGGCUUUCACUGGCAGCAGAUGCCUUAAAUGUGGACCUUGAUGCUGCAAGCCAAACUUUCUCUCAGAUGUUGGCAGUACCGUGGAUCCAAAAAAAGGUGGAUUUGAGCGCCUUGAUGGAAAUACUCCUUGUGUCGAGAGCUUCCCUCAAAUCUCCAGAGAUUGUUGUGGUUCUGCUUUCUUGCCCUCUUUUCCAAGAUGUUUCACAGGUUCUGGCCCUGGUCUUACCUUUGGCUGUGGCCAUCACCGACAUGAGCGAGAAGUGUCAGACAACACUGAAAAGUUGGUGGGCCUCCCUGUCUGCCACCAUGCUGUUGAAGCACAUCCUGGUAUUCAAAAAUGCUUUGGAUUUUGUGACCAAAAAUCUUCUCCUCGAAACACAUGUGACAGGCGUCAAAGCCACGAUGGAGGUCAUCAAGCUCCUCUUCAAAGCAAACAAAAGAGGGAAGUCCUACAAAGUCCCGCUGAGCACCUUUUAUGUCAGUGAUAUCACAUAUCGGGAGCUUGUGGAACAUGCCAUUCUUUGGUUGGCAUUUAAUAACCAAGAGGAUGAUUCCAACACGCCUGCCAUCUUCUGUCUGUACCCCUUCCUGCUCAGUUUGCAUUGCAAGCGGAUGGUCUUUAACGUCAUCGCCAUGCUGACGAAAAUGCAACGUGUCCCAGUGGUUGGAUUGAGGCCAUUUGUGGCUGAGGAGCAAGACUCGUCAUCAGUCUUCCUGCUUUUUCUGAGACCGAGUAACCUGCUUGAGGACACCUUCAGACAGCUCAAUGCAGCAGACCACAGCGUCUUCAGAAGGCAGCUCCAGGUGCACUUUGUGGACGACAGAGAGGUGAUGCACGUAAACACGAUGGACCUCUUCUUCCACGUUUUUGAUGAGCUGAUGGCUCCACAAUCCAACUUGUUCAUAUACAACGAGAGUCACACGCUGGCCUGGUUCCCCCCGAAGCCCAAGGUAUCAGAGAGGACCUACUUCCUGUUUGGGGUUCUGUGUGGUCUGGCCUUGUAUAACCACGUCAUGGUCUACCUACCAUUCCCACUCAUUGUCUUCAAGAAGAUGCUUGGUGUCAAGGCGUCGUUGGACGACUUGAAGGAGUUUGAACCCGCAGUUGGAGAGAGUUUGCGUUGCAUCCUGGAGGACUACAGCGCUGAUGUCCUCCAUGACAUGGCCACUACUUUCACUGUAACUUGGGCAGGUGAUGAAGUUGAGCUUGAUUCGAGUGACCCCGCAAAACUUGUUACAGGUUCCAACAAGAAAGAGUUUGUGGCGGCCUUUGUCGACUACGUCUUCAACAAAUCAGUGAAGGAUGUGUUUGAGGUGUUCAAGAGAGGCUUCCUCAAGGUGUGUGAUGCUGACGUGGUGGCGUUCUUCCAGCCGGAGGAACUGCAAGCGGUGAUGGUGGGAAAUGAAAACUACGACUGGGAUGUCUUCAAGCAGAACACAGUCUACGAAGGAGAGUACCACGCAGAACAUCUCAACAUUGUCACCUUCUGGGAGGUGUUUGACAAACUAACAGUGGAAGAAAAGAAGAAAUUCCUUUUGUUCCUCACAGGCUCUGAUCGUGUGCCUACUGAUGGUAUGGCCAGCAUCAAAAUGAGAGUUGCUAUGUUGCCCAACUCCACCGACCGCCAUUUCCCAGAAGCCACCACCUGCCACCACCUUCUGCUCCUUCCCAUGUACCAGCGAUACCCAGCUGAGAGGACAAUGUAUACCAUGCUCCUUUAUGCCAUAAAUUACAAUCGUGGUUUCAGCAAGACUUUUAACACUGAAGGCUGAGUGAUGGUUACUUUAGUUGGAGCCACUUUGUGUUCACACUAGUAGUUUUAUCAACAUGUUACAUCACUAACUCAUAUAGUCCACAUCAAAAUACUCCGUCUGCCGGGUUGAAUGAGCAUUAUAUUCUGCAAUGUAUCUUAGAUUUCCUAAAAAGCUUCUAAAAGAUACCGCUAAAGAGCACACUGAUUUUGUCUUACAUAAAUGACAUUUAGGGUUGCUUUUUGCUAUCAUUUUAACAUCGUUGCAUGUCUUCACUAAAUAACCGCUGCUUCUUCCUACUUCGUGACUUUGGUGUAGUACAAUUUAUGCUCAAAAUAAACCAAAAGCAUUACCACGUCGUCGCUCUGUGUAGUAUUCAUAUUAAUGUCGAGUGAACGGAACAGCAACAGAGUUUACACCUUGUUUUGGUGCACACCAGGGCUCAACCUGGAACCCACUCCCAUUUUCCAAUGGAUAUUCAGAUGCUGAUUCCAAUGUUAGGGAAUAAUAUAUCUAUAGGCCAAUUAAAUUUGUACAUUUUUCAAUAAAAAAAGGCAUUAAAUAUAGUUCCUAACACAGACAACAUUUUACU